UCAUUGACACGCCACCAGCCAGCCAACCAGAGUGCCAUUAGUACCUGAUUGACACUGUGUCAGCUACCAGACAGUAAGCCAGAGUGCCAUCAACACCUGAUUGACACUGUGUCAGCUACCAGACAGUAAGCCAGAGUGCCAUCAACACCUGAUUGACACUGUGUCAGCUACCAGACAGUAAGCCAGAGUGCCAUCAACACCUGAUUGACACUGUGUCAGCUACCAGACAGUAAGCCAGAGUGCCAUCAACACCUGAUUGACGCUGUGUCAGCUACCAGACAGUAAGCCAGAGUGCCAUCAACACCUGAUUGACACUGUGUCAGCUACCAGAUAGUAAGCCAGAGUGCCAUCAACACCUGAUUGACACUGUGUCAGCUACCAGACAGUAAGCCAGAGUGCCAUCAACACCUGAUUGAUACUGUGUCAGCUACCAGAUAGUAAGCCAGAGUGCCAUCAACACCUGAUUGACACUGUGUCAGCUACCAGACAGUAAGCCAGAGUGCCAUCAACACCUGAUUGACACUGUGUCAGCUACCAGACAGUAAGCCAGAGUGCCAUCAAAACCAGAUUGACACUGUGUCAGCUACCAGACAGUAAGCCAGAGUGCCAUCAACACCUGAUUGACACUGUAUCAACCAGGCACCAGGCAGCCAGCCAACCAGAGUGCCAUCAGUACCUGAUUGACACUGUAUCAACCAGGCACCAGGCAGCCAGCCAACCAGAGUGCCAUCAGUACCUGAUCGACACUGUGCCAGCCAGCAUGGGCGUCAAGAUUGUGGUAUUGUGGGUGAUGGUACUGAGUCUCACUGGCACUACCGUCCACGGCUCUUCUCAGGACUCGUCUGAGGAAUCUGGUGAGUCCAGCGAAGGUCACUAUAGCUUCAGCUGGACCGUCCGCCACAAGAGUAACAAGUUCGGUCACCAGGAGUCACGCGAGGGAGAGGAUACACAAGGUCAAUACUACGUUCUCCUGCCAGAUGGUCGCCUGCAGAAGGUAACUUUCACCGUCACUGGCGACUCGGGCUAUCAGCCAGUGGUCUCCUAUGUGGGUGAGGCUUUCCUCCCGGACCUGGAAGAGGAAGAGUCGGAUGAAUCUGAUGAAUCAGAGGAAAACGAACUGCCCAAUAGGAAUUUCUUCUAAAGGACCUCUUGUUGAUGAGUUGACUUCCGUGGUACACAAUAUUCCUUACAUGCGCGUUUCUAGUUUUUAAAAGUCU